GUUUAUCUCUCAACCCAUGCAUAGCCCUGAAUGAAUAUAUCGAAGCAGACCUCUCACAACAAAGCCGAAGGACAAUCUGGUGUACACACUCACGCUAUAUAAAAGUCACAGUACCUCCAGCUAGCACAUUUAACUCUCGGCUUUGUCGUCACUAUAGAUGGCCGCCCCGCACCAACAAACUGGUACCCUGGGCCAACGCCCUCGCAUGGUAGAGCCACGGAGUCACCCUCAGUCCAGUGGACCUCCAAGUUCCAGUCAUUCUUGGCCCAACAGCAACGAUGCCGCCCCGCUUCUGUCGACACCGUCUCAACCACCGUUUCCGCAACCUAUACCAUUGCCACAACCUACUCCUAUCUUAUCAUACGGGGCAAAGGGUUCAUCAGAUGAUCCUUCAGGUAAGGAUAAUGUACCACACUCAGAUUCGCGUAAUGCAGCUACAAUCAUGAGUGCAUCUUCAUUACGGCCAAACCAUUUCAACCCCAGGGCUCCCAAGAGAAUUGACGUCCUUCGUCGACAUCAUGCUUCACCUUCACGUAUCGAGCCAAUUGGAAGGAGCCGGCGCAGUGGCAUAUUAUCAAAUAUUGGGGAUCGUAUCAGCUUUCAAGAAAUGUCGACUACUUCUUUAGCUACGGCACACUAUACUAUUUCGCAAGAUCACACAGGAGGCGAGGAGUCUCGUCGUUCUCAACUAUUUGCGGGCUUUGGAAGAAAACAUCAGAGACAUCUUCAAACUCGAAGGUCAGCUGCUUCUCAGUCCAAUGCUAGUCCAGCGACAGUGGAAAGUUUGGACCCUUCUUUCGCUCCUUUGUUUGAUGGAGGCGGCAUGGAGUUGGCUAAACCCCUCAACUCGGGUGACGUGCUCAACGACUUUGACUUUGACUCGUUCCUGCAUAGCGAAGAUGGAUCCCAAUAAGCGAGGAAGAUUAGUAUAUUAAUAACUUGCAGGAAGACUUAACUAGGUAUAGUCUGUUAUUAUUACCACUUAUUAUAUAAGUCUUUAAAUACCUAAUAGACUUAAUAUUACCGUUUAAGGGCUUAUAGCUCAGCGUACAGGCGUCGCACCAAGGAGCUUUUGUGGUCAAACGGUAUAGGGACAAGACCAUUGGGAAUAUGGUCGUCAGAGAUCCGAGUGCCAACUGUUUCAGCAUGCUCCACUAAGAGCUGGAUCAGCUUAGUAAUACCAGCGCGGAGCGCGGGGGCCCAUAGGGACACGAUGGUACAUAUA